UAUUAGUUAUAAAAAUUUUAUGUUUUUUUUUUAUUAUUAUUAAUUUGAAAAAACAUUUUCAUAGCCAAACAUAUUCAUCCAUCCAUUCAUUGAUUUGAUUAUUGCAAUGAUUAUUGUGAAUAAUGUGCGACAAAGUGUUGAAAAUCGUUGGCGGGAUUUGGUGGACAACGGCAAGAGAUUUACCGGUAUAUCACCGAAUGUCGACCCAAACACACCACCCGAUUGGUUCAAUGCAAACAAAUUUCGUAAAUCACAACAAUUGGGACGAAAAUAUUACGGAAGUUUAGGAUUUGGUCAGUUUUUGGGUCUAAUGGUAAUGUUAUAUCACACGGAAGCGUACGCCACACUGACCUCUACGGGACAGUCAUCUAAUGUACAGAAAUUGUUUCGCCGAUAUUUGUCGACAUUAGUUCACGUAAAACAUUGGUUUGAUUUUGAUCCGUUUGAUGUCAACAGUCAAGCUUAUCAAUCGCUAAAAUAUGUAAGAGGUUUGCACCGACAAGUGGCCAGUAUGUUGACCACUAAAUGGGAACGGAUGGAAGGCCGGGACGAUUUACCCAUUUCCCAGUACGGUAUGACUCACGCACAGUUCGCUUUUACCGGUUUUGUGGCUCUUUAUCCCAAACAAUGCGGACUUCAUGGACUAUCCGACGAUGAUUUUGAUUGUUUGCUAUACUUUUGGCGAGUGAUUGGCUACUGUUUGGGAUGCGAUGACCGGUUUAAUCUGUGCAACGGAACUGCCGAUGAAGUGGUCGGAUUGUGUCAGUUGAUGUUCACCAGGGAAUGGUAUCCGUUGAUGAGCGCUGAUCUACCCGUGUGUGAGGGCGGUGUAGAAAUGGCUAAAGGCAUAUGUCUGGCAAUGAACCAAUUGGCGAGAUUUAUCAGUUAUGAUGUUAUCAUGAAAUACUGGUAUCCAAUACUCAGUAUUGACAACAAAACAGUUGAAUUGCAGACAUAUUCAGAAAUAUUCUGUAUAUGAUGUCGGC